CUACAGACGUUCAGAUUCUCAGCCUACUGGAGCAUAUAAAAAACCAGCAAGACAUACUAGUUGCCCAGGUGAAGUACCUUACCAGCAGGCUUCAGCCAACUGCCCAGGACAUCGACAUGCCUGUCCCAGUACAGUUUCCAUUGACAUCAAUGGAGGAAGUGGAAAUUUGGGAGGAGUGGCUUAAAGAUCCAGCAAAUUCUCAACUAAAGCAGAAUUUGAGUUCCUCCCUGGCAGCGACUGGGGGCCAUGACACCAAACGUGUUACAUGGAACAUCCUGGCCCACAUGUUCCAUGAUGACAUUGGGAAGCUGAUUAAUUGGAAAGGUGUCAAUGGGAAGAAGUCUUUCAGCCAGAUGGCAUCAAAGACAUUGGUCCUGAAUUCUGUACGAAAGAACGCCAUCGCCCGUGCUUCUACAGAACAUGAAGUUUGCAAGCAUGCAAUCAGAUGGUUCAACCUGGCAGCAGAUAGGGGCAGCUCCAGAAGACGUACACAGGAAGUUCAACCUGCUGACCACCACACAUCCUCAUAACAUCCCAGAACAAGGUUUUUGUAUUAUUUGAACGAGUGUUUGAACUUUUUUUUCUUUUGACUUUUCAUGUAACUGUUGUUCUUUUUAUUAAAUACAUUGAUUUUCAUCACAUUUUUCAUGUAAUUGCCUUCUUAU